GGUGUUUACAAAAGUAAAACUAACCACCACCACAUUAGGACGUGGGGUAACCGACUAAACUUGCUCCAAAAUUUUAGGAUCCACUAAUCGACUAAAACAGAACUGAAACAAUAAUGAAAAAAAACUUAAUGCAGUCCAAAAGCAAAAUAAUUAACAAAAAAAUCUCUCUUUCACUCUUCUUACAGUAACAAGAAAUUCAAAAACUGUUUUCUGCAGAUUCUCAACUCUCUUCUUCAAUGGCUGCUCCUGAGAUUAACUGGGAUAGGUAUGUGCAAUCAGCAGCAUUUUGUUUUGGUACUUUUCUAUAAUACCAUAGAUAAUGAGGCUAGAUAUAAUGAAAUUCUAUGCAGGGGGAGCUGGACUAUUUUCUGGUGUUACUGUGUUACUCUACCCUGUCUCUGUUGUGAAGACUAGGAUGCAGGUUGCUUCGAAGGAUACUGCAGAGAGAAGUGCAUCUUCUGUUGUGAAAGGAUUGCUUAAGAAAGAUGGUAUCCGUGGUUUGUAUAAAGGGUUUGCCACCGUCCUCACUGGAACAAUACCUGCCAGAAUCGUAUUUCUCACUUUCUUAGAGACCACGAAGGAAGCUUCCUUCAAGAUGGUUAAACCGUUUAAACUGUCUGAAACUAGUCAGGCUGCAAUAGCGAAUGGCAUUGCAGGCAUGUUAUCGGCGGUUGUGUCACAAGUUGUGUAUACUCCAAUUGAUGUGAUUAGCCAAAAGUUGAUGGUGCAAGGAUACUCAGGCCAUGCCCAGUAUAGUGGUGGUUUGGAUGUUGCUCGGAAGUUGAUAAGGUCCGAGGGCUUCAGGGGAUUAUACAGAGGGUUUACUCUAUCUGUUAUAACUUAUUCACCAUCUAGUGCUGUAUGGUGGGCAACUUACGGCUCAAGUCAACGCUUCUUAUGGAGAUUCUUGGAAGAUGAUGUCAAAUCUGAGGAAGCUACUCCUAGUCUGGCAAAGAUUGUUUUAGUUCAGGCAGGAGGGGGUCUCAUUGCUGGUGCUACUGCCUCGUGCAUUACAACUCCACUUGAUACAAUCAAGACACGGUUACAGGUGACAGGACAUGGAAAGAAAAUCUCUGUUAAACAAGUAGUUAAAGAUUUGAUUAGGGAGGACGGUUGGAAAGGUGUAUAUAGAGGAUUUUGUCCAAGAUUGAUCAGCACGUCAGCAUGGGGUACUUCAAUGGUAUUGGCUUAUGAAUAUCUGAAGCGCCUAUGCGUAAAAAAAGAUGAAGAAGCAGCUGGUUAGUAAUCUGGAAAUGCUUCAAUUGAGUUCCUUUUGUGGAAUAGUAGAUAUGGAUUAGAUUAAGGAAUCUGCUGCUGAAAUUUAAGCAGGCAGCCAUUCUAACUGAUUCUUCAGGAAAUACUCGUUGGAUGGAUAGAUAUGGAAUUUUUCAUUUUUUUAGAUAAUUACAUUAGGUGUAUUCUUUUCUAACAUAGGUAUGGAUAUUGUACAGUGGGAAGUAUGAGACUAGACAUACGUAUAUAAAAAUUUUACACAUGUUUGUUUUUGGUUUUA